AUGAUGUAUAAAAGUGCUGCGAAACAAAAAAAUAGUGACCUAAAGUUCGUUCUAUACGUCACUCCAAAAGCUCCAAAGGAAGCUGUUAUUUCUACAUCAGCUCCCUCGUCUUCUUCAACCUCAACUUUUGUCCCCACUAACUUGGAUUUAGAAAUUGUUCAAGAUGUUUUUGAUAAAUCUACACUUUUGGACCCUGACAAAUAUCUUAAAGAUAAUGAUAUGGAAGAAGAUUUAAAAGAUUUCACCGUUGUUACAAAAGCUACUCCCUUUGUAGUUGCUAACGCAACUGCCACAGCUUUACAUGUGACUAUUCCUGAUCUUAAAAUCGACACUUUCUGUGAUUUCUCACAAUACAAAGCUGAUAUGCAAUUCAAUGAAAAGACUAUUAAUGUUAUCGAUAUUCCUUUACAAAUGAAGCCUGCUAAUAUUAAACAAGUUUUCGCCAAAUAUGAAACUGUUACUGAAUUUAAAAUAACAAUAAGAGGUAUGUGGCAACAUGCCUAUAUUACUUAUGAAAAUCCUAAAUGUAUUGAACUAUUUCAUCAAAUGUGA